AUGGCGAAGUGGUUUCUCACACUCUUCUUGGUUCUUGCCCUAGCCACAGCUUUUGCUUCUGGAGCAAGAAACAACCCAGGAGGACUCUCUGACCAGAAGAACUACCUCGGAUACGGUGGCGGGUAUUCUGGCAUCGGAGACAAUGGUUUACCUUUUGGUGGCGUCGGUGGUGGUGUGUCUGGUCCCGGUGGUAAUCUUGGUUUUGGUGGACUUGGUGGUGGUGGCUUGGGAAAUGGAAUAGGCGGUGGUUUGGGAAAUGGGAUAGGCGGUGGUAUUGGUGCCGGAGCCGGUGGAGGAAAUACCGGAGGAGUUCAUUUUCCUUGAGUUGUUACUUUGGAUCAAGGUUUCGCACGGUCCUUGAGCAAGGUCUAGUUUAAGAUGAUUUGAGAGCAACAAUAAUAAUCAUGUCUUUGUAAGGUUUUGGACUUCGAAAAUUUCAUUAGCUGUUUAACGUGCGUCUUAAGUUACUAUGGUGUCCUUAGAAUCAGACUCGUGUCUUUGCUGGCUUGGUCCGCUUUCAAAUUAUAUUCGACUAUUUUGAGUGUUUCAUUUAAUAAGUUAAUGUCAACAUCUAUGAUUACUUUUGAUUA